GAUGUAUAUAAAUGCAUGAUAUUGGCGGUGGAUUUGAACCAGAGAAACCCUAUCCCUCCACUCGAAAAUAAAUGGCUCCAACGGUCUUCAACUGUCCUCCUGGGUUCAAGACCAGACGACUCUCAUCUCGCGUCGUUAACAUUGUUCUUUCUCCACUCGUCGUCACUCACAAUGUCUCUUACCAUAUCAUCAUCGCUUGCAUGUGGCUUUCUGAAAUCAACGGCUCUAAAUGUCCGCAGAAGAAAAUCUUCCGGACUCAGUUGCCGAUCAUCCAUUGAUGACGAUUAUCUGUUGGAUGCUCCUACUUCAGUGGGAGAUGGCUUUUCUUUCAGCGGAGGGAAGUAUUCAGAUGGGCCUAAUCCAGCGGAUGAAUGGUUCAAGAAAGGAAAAAUCGUGAAAGCUCAUCCUGUUUUUGGCUCUGGCGACAAAGCAAAGGAUCCAAUUUUUGGUCUUACAAUGGGUGGGGGAUCUCAGGCUUCUACUGAUGUCUUCAGAUGGUUUUGCGUUGAAAGCGGAAGUGAUGACAGUCCUCCAAUUAUAUUAAUUCAUGGUUUUCCUUCACAGGCAUAUUCUUAUCGCAAAGUUCUUCCCGUGCUCUCCAAGGACUAUCAUGCCGUUGCUUUUGAUUGGCUUGGAUUUGGGUUUUCAGAUAAGCCUCAGCCCAAAUAUGGUUUUGACUACACAUUGGAUGAAUAUGUCUCAUCCUUGGGAUCUCUUAUAAAUGAACUUUCCACCAGUAAGGUUACAAUUGUUGCACAGGGUUAUUUUUCUCCAAUUGCUGUUAAAUAUGCUAGCAGUCAUCAGGAAAAGAUUAACAAUCUCAUACUUCUUAAUCCUCCUCUAACAGCCAAACAUGCCGACUUACCGUCAACAUUGUCCAUAUUUAGCAACUUUUUGUUAGGUGAAAUUUUUUCUCAGGAUCCUCUAAGGGCCAGUGAUAAAGCCUUGACAAGCUGUGGUCCUUACAAAAUGAAAGAAGAUGAUGCAAUGGUUUAUAGAAGACCUUAUCUCACAUCCGGUUCCUCCGGAUUUGCAUUAAAUGCGAUUAGCAGGGCGAUGAAGAAGGAACUAAAGGCCUAUGUUGAAGAACUGAGGAUGACGCUCAUGGAUGAGAAUUGGAAAAUUCGGACUACUAUAUGCUGGGGCCUAAGAGACCGCUGGUUAAGUUAUGAUGGAGUUGAAGCUUUUUGCAAAGAUUCAAAGCUUAGACUGGUUGAACUUCCAAUGGCAGGUCAUCAUGUGCAGGAAGAUUUUGGUGAAGAACUAGGACAACUCAUUGCUGGAUUAGUUAACAAGAGGAGUUAAAUUGACGCCCUCUUGAAAUUGUUCAUUGAAGAAGAUUGUGGUGAAGAAGCAGGACCACUCAUUUCUGGAUUAGUCAACAAGAGGAGUUAAAUUUGACGCCCCAUUGAAAUUGUUCAUUGACACUAAGUGCCCUAAAAAAUGUUUUGGUGUGCUGGCUUUUGAUGAAUCGCAUUAUGUGUAUGUCCUUUGCACUUGAUGAAUCUAUAUAUCUGUUACAUCUUAAAUUCUCAAUAUGGAUGAGCCUGCGUUCAGGGAUUGUUCUUUGUUAUCA